AUGGAAAAAGCAGUAACCCGCCGCAUUAAACACCGCUACCCCCUAACAAUAACCGACCUAACCGCCCCCGAACUCCUCGCCCUAACACACACCCUCCUCCUAGACAAUCCACCAGUAUACCAAAUCUCGCGUCCCACCACCACCACCCCUAACACGCCCGGCUCAAACCUCCCAAACGAGCGCCUCAAAGAAGCAAUCAAGAACCUCCCCUGCGCACUCCGCCGGAAUAAACUCGUGCAGAUGAUGCCGCGGUGUAUCGGGCGUGUGGCUGAGCUGUGUGUUUCGCAUAAAGGGUUAAACGCGUAUGUUGUUGGGCAUUUAUUUGAUUUGGUGAAGGGAGAGGUUACGCGGCGGUUGGGGAAGAUAGAUUGCGGUGUUGAGUGCCUGGGGAUGUUUGAGCGGAAGCUAUUGCGGUCGAUUCAGGCUAUUCGACGGGUUUGGGGAGAAAGAUCGCCGGAGGAUGACGGUGAGACGCCGAUUGGUGCGCCGGGGAAGCAUUAUAAUAAGUGUGAGGCGUGUAUGCUUGCGCGGAUAGUGGGGGAGCCGUUGUUGCUGCGGAAUCUGCGGAUUGCGAUUUUGAGUCGGACGAGGACGAGGAAAAAAUCUAGGGCUCCGAGACUAUUGAGGUUUGUGGAGGGUUGUAUUGGGUGUCAUGGGGAGGCGCUUAGGGUGUUGCAUGAGAGUGGGCAGUUGGCGAUUGAUUUUAAGGCUGCGAGGAAGGCUGCUGCGAGAAAGAAACGGGGUAGACGUUGGCAUGAGCAAGUUGAGAAGGGUCGGGCUAAGAAAUCGAGCACAGAGUCUAUCCUUGUUCACCUGGAUCCGGAAUUAAAGAGGGAGUUCUUUGAGCAAAGCAUUUCACAACUCGAAUCAGAAGACAAGGCACCCGACACGGAGACAGACGAAACAGACGAGAUCAUCUCGCUAUAUAAAGCACUCCUAGACGAAGAUCCGGAUAAAACCUUAGUACCAACUGACCCUUUUCUCGAUGAUACAACUGCAGUAUCACCUGUCAGUCCAUUAUCGCCCAGAAAAUACACUCCCAGCACGAAGCAGACUCUUGCCGGUACGAUUCCCUCUCGAGAUAUGCUUGACUGGGAGCAGGUAGUGAAUCAUGAAAAGAGUCCCCUCUCUUCCUUGGCCAGAAAGAUAGAAGCCAUAGAGCUCGAGGGGCCGGAUAUGAGCGAUGGCGAUGCGGAUGCGGAUGCUCUGGCAAUGGAUUAUCGCGAUCUGAUCGGGAAAGAGACAUGCUAUUCUGAAUCUGAGUAUAGCCAGGAAACGUCCGACGAUGAGGAUGUUAGAGAACCAGGUCGUCCGAUUACGACAUGGAGUCUUUUCGUGAGCGAUGACGAGAUAGCUGAUCGAAAGAGGUUGUGA